AUGUCCCACCUCGACGACCUCACCACCCCCACCAGCGUCAGCGUCAAGGACGACCCCUCCGCCGCCGAAGAAGACCAUACCAAUCCGAAGACAUCCACCACCACUAGCAGCAGCAACAACCCCCUCCUCAACCCCUCCAACCCCCUCGUCACCGAUCUAGAGCAGGAAGUCCUCGACGAGUACGCCCGGCUCCUCGGGAACGUGAAUGCGCUCUCCACCAAACUCGCCGACCUCGCCGGCUCCCCCGCUUCAAUGACCCUCGAUGGCCUCCGCCAUCUCGAACGGAAGACUGCCACCGUGUGCACGCUGCUUAAGGCGAGCGUGUAUAGUAUUGUGUUGCAGCAGCAGAUGAUUAAUGAGUCUGAGGGGCAGCAGCAGCAGUUUGGGCAGGAGGGGCAGGGGCAGGAGGGGCAGGGGUUCGGGGAUGGGAUGGGGUAUGAUGAUGGGGAGCUUGGGGAGCAGGGGUAUGGGUAUUAUAAUGAGGGACAUGGGCAGGGGCAGGGAGGGCAGGAUGUUAGUCUUUUGGGACGGUUUUGA